UGGACCUGUCGUGAGCAAAACCCUAUUUUGUUGAGCGAGCUUGUACGCACGAGGUGAGAGCGCUAGCUAUUCGAACGUCGAUUGAGACGCCGGUGGUGCUGUUCCAUCGCCGUUGAGUUUGGACUUUGAGCAUGGCUGUCAAGUACAUUAUACCUGCUCUAGCAGGGUCAUUUGCACUUGCAUGGGUCUUUGAUCAACUUGUUGCUGAUCGAAAGAUAUUUGGAGGCACUACCCCCCAUACAGUUUCAAAUAAGGAGUGGUGGGAAGAGACUGACAAAAAAUUUCAAUCAUGGCCUCGUACUGCUGGUCCACCAGUGGUCAUGAACCCCAUUAGUCGCCAAAAUUUCAUUGUCAAGUCCCGCUCUGAAUGAAUCUUCAAGAAGAUUUCGAUGGUUGAUAGACUCUUUGUUGAUGGGAGAUAUGUCUCUAACGCCAAACUCUAUUUGAUGCGAGAUUGUUGUAUGAGUCAAUGACUCUAGUUUGAUCUCAUUUCUUUCCUGCUUUUUCGGAUUUUAAUUACCGUGUGAAUACUCUAUAAUCUAAAUAAUAUUCAGCAGUCAUUCAAAUUC